AUGAAUAUUUAUACCACAUCAUUACCAUUACGUUACGUAACGAAAAAUAUGGAUAUGGCACUGGAUAAGGUGAUAACUACAGUAUCGGUAGCAUGUCCAUGUCGUGGUCAAUAGAACGCAUAUAAUGAAGAACUACAUUUAAUAUUAAUUAUAUAUAGAGAAGAUUAUAUCUUGUUUAUCCUCAUCGAGUAUCAUAACGAAAAGGCAAGUCGAACUACUAGUCUAAAGUAAUCAAUAUCAGACGGCACCACUAGCCUGCUGUGGUGGAGCCACAUAAUUUUCGAGGAGUCGUUUAUGGAUCCGAGAAGACGCUCAAAACAGCUCGGGGAUUCUUGAAUAUUAGUAAGGGCACGAUGAAGCAGGG